UAAAUAACAGAACAUACCAGUUCCAGUCCAUGUUCAAGUGGGCGCUCCAAAAGGAAAACAAAAAUCGAGCACGCUAUGCUCAUGUCGAGCGACAGGCUCAUCCGGAUCAAGAUAUCCCGGAGAUACAGGAGGUGUAUGAUAUGUUGAGAGGACAUCCGGCUUCAGCGCCUACUUCGGAAGGUUUCCGAAAUUACAUCAGAAUGUUGAGUGGCGUGCACAGACAGUAAGUUACUCAGCUAUGUCGAUAUAUAUCUUUUUUCUGCGCGCAAAAGCGCAUUGGAGAAUCUUGCCAACAGAUUGAUAGGGUUGGAUCACCGUGAAGAUGUAAGUAUCUUUCUGU